AUGCCUGCCAAACUCGUCGUGUGCAGCCAGGUGUCCGUGCCUCUGUGCAGGUCCCUCUCUCAGGGAGCGGCGAGGAGGUAUGUGAGCACCACGGCGGCGAACCGUGUCAGCACCACGGUAGACAAGCCCCAGGCACUCAUCCCUCAAGCCACCACCACCACCACAAGAAAACCAGCUCUCUCAAGAUUACCAACACCAACUCUCCUCCGAUCACUUUUCCUUACACAAUUCACAUCCUCACCCUUGCUUAUGAGGCUAUCCCUACCAAUCCUGGGCUUCAUCACAACAUCCAAAUCUGCAUUAUUCAACCCCGACAGAAACCCCAUCUUGAACAAGCUACUUCGGUGGACAAUCUAUGAUCACUUUUGUGCGGGAACAAACGUUCCGGAAGUCAGGAAGGCUGUGGAAAACAUCAAGCGGACAGGCUACCAGGGCGUGAUUCUUAACUACGCCCGGGAAAUUGUCCUUGACACCAAGAAGGCGAAUGCGGAGGCGAAAGAUGGGGAUUAUGCGCCGGCUUUCUACCAGAUGGUCCAGGAAUGGAAGAAGGGAAACCUCGACACACUGCAAAUGAUGCAACCUGGCGACUUUAUUGCCGUCAAGGUUACCGGUGCUGGCCCCAUCGCGGUUGAUGCCAUGAGGGGAUGCAAGCCCAUCCCUGAUGUUCUCCGUGAAGCCCUAGAUGAGAUUUGCGACGCCACAAGACAGCAAGGAUCCCGCGUCUGGAUUGACGCCGAGCAGCAGGCCCUUCAACCAACUUUGGAUGAGUGGACGAUUGAUCUCAUGAGACGACACAACCGCGAGGCACGCCCCUUGGUCUUCAACACCAUCCAGGGAUACCUGAAGGGUUCCACUGCCAACGCCGAACGUCACAUCGCAUUGGCUGCAAAGGAAGGCUGGAGCCUUGGAAUCAAGCUCGUCCGCGGCGCCUACAUCGAGCAUGAAGUCCGCUCUCUGAUCCACGACACCAUUGAGGACACCCACAACUGCUUCGACAACAUUGCCGACAUGUUCAUCAGCCAGAGACUCCCCAAGGGAGCCGAAGGCCUUCAGUUCCCCCACAGCGCUCUCUUCCUGGCCACCCACAACGCCAACAGCUCCACCAAAGCCAUCGCUGCCCACCGCCGCAGAUUGCUCGACGGCCAACCGACGACGACAUUGGAGUGUGGACAGCUCAUGGGUCUGGCUGACGAGCUGAGCUGCGAGUUGCUGGACAACUACGACACCUGCGUUACCGACUCUGGCUUGAAGAGGGACGACAUUCCCAAGCCCUUCAAGUACAUUCCGUGGGGAUCCGUGGCCGAGUGCAUGGGUUACCUGCACAGGCGAGCUAUUGAGAAUAAGGGAGCGGUGGAGAGGACAAAGCAUGAGGCUGUUAUUCUGAAGAAGGAGUUGCGUCGGCGCAUCUUUGGCUAG